AUGCCGUGCCCCUCGCUGAAGGCUGCCCUCGGGCUCCUCUUCCUCACCGGGCUUCUGGAGGCAACAUCGGGAGGCCGCAGGCUGCACAUCGAACCCCGAGAUGCUGAGAUCGUCCUCAGCCUCCACAGUACCUUCUCCCUCGUGUGCUAUGGGGAUGGCCUGCUGGUCUGGGAGCGGGAGGGCCAGGUUCUCGCCGCCUCGCUGGAGCACAAGGAUGGUGUCUUCACCAGCAACCUCACCCUCAGGAACGUGACGGGCCGUCAGACCGGGGAGUACGUGUGCACCUACAGCCCCGAGCAGGCUCCAGAGCCGACGGAGAGGAAGGCUGUUUACAUCUACGUUCCAGAUCCUGCCCUAGUCUUCCUCCCCACGGCCGCUGAAGAACUCUUCAUCUUCAUCACGGGUUACACAGAGGCUGUCAUCCCGUGCCGUGUGACCAACCCGCAGAUGCAGGUGACCCUCUAUGAGAAGAAGGUGGAGAACCCCAUCCCAGCUGCUUAUGACCCACAGCAGGGCUUCAAAGGCUUCUUUGAGGACAAGACCUACUUCUGCCGGACAAUUGUGGAUGACCAGGAGGUGGAUUCAGAUACGUUCUACGUCUACAGAAUCCAGGUUUCCUCUGUGAAUGUCUCCAUCAGUGCUGUGCAGACAGUGGUGAGGCAAGGAGAGAACAUUACCCUGAUGUGCACAGUGAGCGGCAAUGAGUUGGUCAACUUCAACUGGGCUUAUCCUCGUGAAAAGGCUGGAAAGGCUGUGGAACCAGUGACUGACUUUCUGCCUGGAUCCACCCAUGAAAUCCGCUCCAUCCUCAUCAUCCAGAAUGCAGAGCUAGAUGACAGUGGGACCUACACCUGCAAUGUCUCGGAGGGCUACCAUGAGAAAACAGACCGAAAAGAUAUCACAGUCCAUGUAAUCGAGCGAGGCUUUGUGCGCUUCCACACUCACCUGGCUAGCACGGAGUAUGCCGAGGUCCAUAAGAGCCGCACCAUCCAGGUGGAAGUGGAGGCCUACCCACCACCAAGCAUCACGUGGCUGAAGAACAACAAGACAUUGAUCAUGGAGAGCAACAGCGAGUUCAGCAUCUCCAGCAGGAACCUCUCAGAAACCAGGUACCAAACAGCUCUGGUCCUGGUGCGGGUGAAGCAAGAAGAAGGAGGAUUUUACACCAUCCGAGCUUCCAAUGAGGAUGAUGUGCAGGAGCUGUCCUUCCAUCUGCAGAUAAAUGUGCCAGCCAAAGUGGUGGAUCUCAAGGAGAACAGCAGUGCCAGCAGUGGGGAGCAGACGGUAACGUGCUCUGCUGAAGGGAUGCCGCAGCCAGAGAUCAGCUGGUCCACCUGCAGUGACAUCAAAUGGUGCAGCACCAAGGGGCAGCCCACGCGGCUGCUGGGCAACGACUCGGCGGAGAUCGGCCUGCAGACCAACGCCACGUACCACGCGGAGCUGCAGGUGUACCGCGUGAACAGCACCCUGCAGCUGCAGCGCCUCGACGAGCCCCUGCUGCUGCGAUGCACCGUGCAGAACUUCCUGGGCACCAACUCCCAGGACAUCACGCUGGUCCCGCACACCUUGCCGUUUAAAGUGGUCAUCAUCUCCGUCAUCCUGGCCUUGCUGGUCCUUACCGUCAUCUCCUUGGUCAUCCUCAUCGUGCUGUGGCAGAAGAAACCACGUUACGAAAUCCGCUGGAAGGUGAUUGAGUCAGUCAGCUCCGAUGGGCACGAAUACAUCUACGUGGACCCUAUGCAGCUGCCUUAUGACUCCAGCUGGGAGGUGCCCAGGGACAAGCUGAUAUUAGGUCGCACUCUUGGCUCUGGUGCCUUUGGACGUGUCGUGGAGGCAACAGCCCAUGGCUUGAGCCAUUCGCAAUCCGCUAUGAAAGUGGCAGUCAAAAUGCUCAAGUCCACUGCCAGAAGCAGCGAGAAGCAGGCCCUCAUGUCAGAGCUGAAGAUCAUGAGCCACCUGGGACCUCACCUGAACAUUGUCAACUUGCUGGGAGCCUGUACCAAAGGAGGGCCCAUCUAUAUCAUCACCGAGUACUGCCGCUACGGGGACCUGGUGGACUACCUGCACCACAACAAGCACACCUUCCUGCAGGCCUACGGCGAGAAGGGCCGGCGAGAGGCAGAGCUGUACGGGAACACCAUCAAGGAGGAGCACGUGCAGAGUCACCUCUCCGUGUCUGUUGAGAGCGAUGGUGGCUACAUGGACAUGAGCAAGGAUGACUCCCUGGAUUACGUGCCCAUGUCUGAUAUGAAGGGUGAAGUCAAGUACGCUGACAUCGAAUCCUCCAACUAUGGCACCCCAUAUGAGUUGGACAGCUACUCCCCAUCAGCUCCUGAAAGAACAGACCGGAUGACCCUGAUAAACGAGUCUCCGCUUCUCAGCUAUAUGGACUUGAUUGGGUUUAGCUUCCAGGUGGCCAAUGGAAUGGAGUUCCUGGCUUCCAAAAACUGCGUGCAUCGUGACCUGGCUGCGAGGAAUGUCCUCAUCUGUGAGGGGAAGCUGGUGAAGAUCUGCGACUUUGGCCUGGCAAGGGACAUCAUGAGGGAUUCGAACUACAUCUCCAAGGGCAGCACCUUCUUGCCUCUUAAGUGGAUGGCCCCAGAGAGCAUCUUCAACAACCUCUACACCACUCUGAGUGAUGUGUGGUCCUUUGGGAUUCUCCUCUGGGAGAUAUUCACUCUGGGAGGGACUCCAUACCCUGAACUCCCCAUGAAUGAACAGUUCUACAAUGCCAUCAAACGUGGCUAUCGGAUGUCCAAACCCACCCAUGCUUCUGAUGAAAUCUACGAUAUCAUGCAGAAGUGCUGGGAGGAGAAAUUUGAGAUAAGACCAUCCUUCUCACAGCUGGUGGUGCUCAUGGGAAACCUCUUGGUGGAUUGCUACAGGAAGAGAUACCAGCAGGUGGAUGAAGAGUUCAUGAAGAGCGACCACCCCGCUGUUGUCCGCACAAGACCCACGAUCCCUGGGCUGAACAACGUCAGGCCUGCUCCCAGCUCCCCCACCAGCAGCAUCCUCUACACAGCUGUGCAUCAGAAUGGGGGCGAGAACGACUAUAUCAUCCCCCUUCCCGACCCCAAGCCCGAGGGAAUCUGCGACCUCCCUCUGGAGGCCUCCGUCAGCCGGGCCAGCUCUAUGCUGAAUGAGGUGAACACGUCGUCUACGAUAUCCUGUGACAGCCCCUUGGGCCCUCAGCAGGACGAGGAGCAGGAAUCGGACCCGCCGCUGGGCUGCCAGGAGCCGAACAUGGGGCACCACGAGGUGGAGGAGAGUUUCCUGUAGUCAGAGCUGGGCUGACUUUGCAACUCCUCACAGCGAGGCCAU